AUGGCAGAGCUGGCCCUCCAACUCGGGCGCCGAGAACCGGGAACCGUGACCAACGGUUCUUGGUCUGCUGGCGCCUUGCUUUACGUCUCGCUUCACUUCACCUCUCAACCUCCAGACUCCGCAGCUCGCCUUUUCCUCUUGCAACUUCCAUCAACAUCGUCAUCGUCGUCAUCCAUCAUCCGGGACACCAUCGCGACCCCAGACAGUGACGACGGGACGUACACGUUAAUCCACAUCCCUCUCGACCUGUACACGACCUUUCUUCAACCAAUCCUCCGAGUCCUCGUCCCUCAAACACAGCGCCUUCACCUUGGGGCCGGCUACAGGCACGAUGCGGAGGAGCUAGACGGCCUCUCCGAGGAGAAUCAGCACGGGUUUUUAAACAUUAGUGUCACACCGCUGGAAGCGUCUAUUGUGUGCCAUACAUCAUGGGCCAAAAACGUAUUUGAGCCCGUCAUCAGCAAACUGUCAGCGCAGCAAGCCAAGUCCGUGUCCGUAUUCGCCGACUCAUACAUGGUGUUGUCGGUCAUUGGCGCCGGCCUGGAUGCUGCCACGCGAGUGUUGGAAUUGAGCUCUCCGCUUGCCCUGGCCGGUAUCCCCAUCUUCUUCAUCACCACGUACUACUCAGACUUUAUACUGGCGCCAACUCGAGAACGACAAAAUGUCGUGGCGGCCCUGCGUGAGAGAGGCUUUGAAAUGUCCGAGAACCAAUCCAACUUUGUCUCAUCCCCGACGUACAGUCGCAAAAACUCGGCGAGCCACCAUUCUUCGUCUCCGCCGAGCACGCCGCCUCCUUCAAAUGACAAUGAGCUCCAGCUGAGGACGUUUGACCUCUUGCACAAGCGCAGCGUCUCGCCGUAUGUCGAUGAGGACCUGGAACUGGUCCAGUGCUCCGGGCGAGAAAUUUCUCAGCUGGCAGAUGCGUACGGGCACCGGUCGUCCAUCAGCCGUCACACCGUAACGGACAACCGGCAGUCGUGGAUUGAAAAUGUCGACACAAAACUGUACGCGUCGCUGAUAUCCGUGCUCGUCUCCCAGCCGCGAUUCAUCUCCAUCACCCUGGCCCACGAAGAUCCGCCGUCACUGUUGAUGGAUAAGAACCUAUUGGGCCUCUUUAGCGACUCGCUCGUGGGCGACAUGGACAAUAUUCUGAUUCCCAUAUUUCUCGACCUUGUCAAUCUGCCGUCCGAGGUUACGGGCAUCGUGUGCGGAGUGUCUGGGCGACUGGUGGACGACAUGCAGAUGAAGGCCACUUCGGAGCUGUCGUACUUGUCGACGGCGCGGGCAGGCGUCGUGAUUUUGCCAGAGGAGCAGUCGACACGCGCAUUGAGCAUCUUGAAACCACUGCUCGAGAAGGAUGACUAG